UGUAAAGACGUAGAUGGAAGUAAAGUAAAUGAUAAGAAAUUAAUUUAUUCUGCAGCCAUCAAACGCUCGAGCUAAUCAAGUAUUUAUGAACCGCCUGUCGCAUUACUAUUAUAUUAUUAGACUGUCGCCAUUAACAUCUGAGGGGCAGACACAAAGCUAUUUAAAUAAUAAUAAUUAGAAUGGACAUUAAAAUCCAGACAUAACUUCCAUCCAUCUAAAUUAGUCGCAAUAUCGAGAUUACAGUGAAAUGAAUAUCCUACAAACUCGUCACUUUCGAGAAUUUAAAAUCGCUCUCCUUUUCCUGGGGCAGUGGCCUUCUCAGUCACCUCUUCAACGAUAUUGUGCACGUUUUGUUGUACUGUUGGCUAUUUUCAGUAUCAUAACACCAAAGAUGAUCAAAUUAAUUGAAAGUAUUAAAGAUGUCGAUCAAGUUAUCGAAUGUUUACCGAUGGUUAUUCUUCAUUUAGUGAGUCUUACAAAAUAUUUCAAUUGGAUAUUCAAUGAGAAAAAGGUAAACCAUUUAUUUGUUCUUAUUGAUCAAGACGGAAAAAAUUUGACGUCUGAUCGAGAUGUCAAAAUAAUGAAAAAAUGGUUGGAGCAUAUACGAAAAAUUUCAUUGAGUUAUACAACUGCUAUGUUUUCAAUCCUCGUAUUGUAUCUUUCAUCUCCGGCGUUUCCAAAACUCAUGGAUAUGAUUGUUCCAUUAAAUCAACCCCGUGGAAGAAUAUAUUUAUAUCAAACAGAAUAUUUUGUCGAUCAAGACGAGUACUAUGUUUAUAUAUUAAUACAUGCAUAUAUGACUGUACCAUUUUCAUUGGCUGUAAUUGUUUAUUUUGACAAUAUGCUCGCAACAAAUGUCGCUCACGCAUGUGCAAUAUUUGAAAUACUCAGUACAUAUUUGGAAAAUAUUAAAUACGACAUUAGUAAAAUAAGCGUAAUUAAUGCUGAAGAACAUUCACGUAAAUUACGUAAUAGCAUAAUUCGUUGUGUCGAUAUGCACAAAAACGCUUUGAGAUUUGCAAACGAUUUAGAAUCAUCAGUUUCAUUUGCAUGGCUAAUAGUUUUAUUUUAUAAUUUAACUAUUAUUUCUAUAACUGGAAUGGUGACAGCUAUGAAACUAGAUCAACCGAAUGAAGCAUUUAAAUUUUUUGCAUUUACUAUCGGUGCAGUUUUCCACCUUUUUUAUACCAGUUUUCAGGGCCAAGAACUGAUACAACAAAGUGAAAGAGUUUUUCAUGCAGUUUAUUUGUCCCAAUGGUAUAAUAUUCCUACUCAGUACCAACGACUUCUAAUUCCAAUAAUGAUGAAAAGUUUAAAACCCUGUACAGUUACUGCGGGUAAAAAAUUUAUAUUAUCCAUGGAUACAUUUAGCAUGGUAAUAAAUCUUAUAUUUUUCUCUUCAAUAACCAUUAUUAUAAUGAGGGACAAGAUUUUCGCCUUAUUUUUUUUCAAUCAAAGUAACAAUACUGCAAUGGAUAUUUUGAAGAACCGUCAUUUCAAAAAUUAUAAAUUUAUAUUUACCUGCUAUGGACAGUGGCCAUAUCAGUCAUAUUUUCAAAAAAAUUGUAUACGGUUCCUCAUAACGAUGGGUGUAUUGAGUAUUUUAACACCUAAGACAAUUAAAUUCGUUGAAUAUUUUGGUAACGUUGAUGGAAUGAUUCAAUGUAUACCCAUGAUCGGUGUCCAUUUACUGGGUCUUGUUAAAUAUUACAAUUACACAUUUAAUUAUAACUCUAUUAAACGUUUAUUUUCGCUGAUAGAGCGCGAUGGAAAAAGUUUGAAAAGCGAAGAAGACAAGAAAAUAAUGGAAAAAUGGCUACUACGCGUACGAAAAAUAACAUCCGCUUACACAGCUGCAAUGUUUCCAAUACUGGGACUGUUUUUGGCAUCACCAGCUAUACCUAAAAUUUUGGAUAUUAUUAAACCAUUGAACGAAACUCGUAAUCUCAUAUAUUUAUAUGAAACGGAAUAUUUUGUUGAUCAGGAUGAAUAUUACGUUCCGAUUCUUAUUCAUACAUACAUGACUGUUCCAUUGUCUGUUGGUAGCAUCGUUUUUUUUGACAACAUGCUCGGGACAUUUAUUCAUCAUUCCUGUGCAAUGUUAGAAAUACUCAGUACAUAUUUAGAAAAAAUACAUAUAGACAAAAUUGAAAAAAUAGAUGAUCAAAUUCGACUAGAAAGAAUACGUAGAAAAAUAAUUCACUGCGUUCAUAUGCAUCAAAAUUGUUUAGAAUUUACCUCGGAAUUGGAUACAUCCAUCAAUAUAGCAUGGCUCAUAGUUCUGGGUCUCAAUUUAAUAAUACUUACUGUUACUGGUAUGACGACGGUUAUAAAAAUGAAUGAACCCGAUGAGGCUAUUAAAUUUAGUGCAUUUACAAUGGGUUCCCUUUUUCAUCUUUUCUAUAACAGUUUUCAAGGACAAAUACUUAUUACACAAAGUGAAAAAGUUUUUCACGCUAUUUAUGAAUCUGAAUGGUAUGAUCUUCCUUGCUAUCAUCAAAAGCUCCUGAGUAUCAUAAUUAUGAAAAGUGUGAAACCCAACGCCGUUACGGCAGGGAAGUUGUAUAUUUUAUCAAUGGAUACAUUUAGCAUUGUCCUGAAAAACGCCAUGUCUUUCUUCACGGUUUUAUCGUCAAUGCGUUAAAUAACCAUUUUCCAAUAAGUAUAAUAAAUAUACCGAAAUUUAUGCAAACGAUG